AUGCCUAAGCACAAUUUUGCAACGCUGACAUGUGUUAGUAAAACCAUACACAUCAUCUCAACUACUUUGUACAGCCAGGUGAAUUUUACCACGUUUUCUGGACAAAUUGGGCUUUCAUUUGGUGGUAAAUGUGCCCUCAGUGACACCACGGUCCCAGCAGAAAGACAGGUACGCAAAUAUGCGGCCCCAUGGUAAAAAGCCCAGUUCUGUAAGGCCGCAUAUUUGUGUUACAUCGGCGUCAAGGGGUUAA